UGUUUACGCGGAGAAUUGAGAUUUGUCAAAUUUGCGUACUUCGAUUGGAUGCACAGCGUAAUUUAUUAAUACAAAAUUAUUCACGAAUAUGAAGUCGACAGUAAAAAUCUUGGCUUGUAAUUAAAUACCACAUAUUUCCCAAUAAUUUUCCAUUGAUUAUCUUGUUUUAACUCAUUUAACAUACGGGGUGUGUCUCAAGUUCAUUUUGUCAUGUUUUUUUAUAUUAAUUCAAAGUCAUGUCGCCGGUCCGGUGAUGUACAUUGUGUUAUUAACGACUCUGUUAGUGUUUCGUAGUAUAUAUAAAUACUCAAUCGUCAAGCUAAGCGAAAGUUAUGGUUUCUACGAGAGGCGUACGCUAUAAGUUUAGCGAAGGAGAACGUGUGUUAUGUUAUGAACCUGAUCCUACUAAAGCCAAAGUUUUGUAUGACUCUAAGGUUUUAGAAGUAAUAGAGAGUAAGGAUAAGCGUGGAAGGCGUACAGUUGAAUACCUGAUACACUUUCAAGGUUGGAAUUCUUCAUGGGACCGCUGCGUCAGUGAAGACUUUGUGUUAAAAGACACAGAAGAAAACAGACAGUUGCAGAGAGAUCUUGCUGAAAAAUCACAGCUUCAGUUGGGAGCAUACUUAUACAGGAGAGAACGGAAAAAGGGUACCAGUACAAACUCAGGUUCAGGGCCAGCCAAAAGACCACGCCACGGCUUCAGUGAUGAUGGCUCGUCCAGCAGCACACAACCUGAUCCAGAUGAAGCGGAAGCAGAGGCAGUGGAUACAGAUUCAUCCUCAGGAUCUGCAUCCAGCACACAACCCAACUCACCCCCCAACUCACAUGCAGGCAGAGCUAACAUAAUAUUACCAUCAGCUCUCAGGGACAGGUUGACAUUCGACUACCACCUGGUGGUGAAGCGCGGGCGACUCUCGCGGCUGCCGGCGUCGCCGUGCGCGGCGCAGAUCCUCGAGUCGUUCGUGAAGUGGUUCGCUCGAGCGGGUGCGUGGAACCCGCCUCGUGCGCGCCUCGACCCACACCAUAAACCCGACAUGCUAGAUGUCUCGUGCAGGUUAAACUUACUACGGGAAGUGGCAGACGGUCUGCGAGUGUACUUCGACUUCAUACUGCGCGGCCAUUUGCUGUACAAGCAGGAGGCGGACCAGUACUUUGAGUUCUGUGGACAGUAUGUCGACGAAUUAGAUAUAAAGUCGGAGCCGGAAGACGAGGACGAAGAGAACCAGGAUCCGGCUCAAGAGGGCGCGGUGGCGGAGGCGGAAGCGGACGCGGGCGCGGCGGAGGCGGACCUCAAGAGUCCCAUAGUGCCCGAGUACGCUCACCUGCCGCCCGACCCCGACCACGGAGAGAACGGGGAAGAGGCAGUAGCAGAGAGCAAUGAAGGCGAAGUCGAGGUAGAAGCGGAGGACGAGGCGCCAGAGGAGGCCGAGGCAGACAAGGCGGAGGGCGACGAAGCCGAGGCAGACAAGGCGGAAGUCGAAGAGGCCGAGGCAGAGAAAGCGGAAGUCGAAGAGGCGGAGGCAGAAAAGGUGGAAGGCGAGGAAGUUGAGGCAGAUAAGGCGGAAGGCGACGAGGCCGAGGCAGACAAGGCGGAAAGCGAGGAGGCGAAGGCGCGAGGCAGCGAAGGUGCUAUGAGUUCGCCUCGGACUGAGGACAGCGUGAGGCGGGCUGCGCCUCGAUCACACAACCUCGCUAGAAGGCUCCGCUCGCACAAGUCCGCGGUGUCGCAGUCCGAGAGCGAGGAGCCGGCGCCCUCCACCUCUGGCGAGCAGCGGACCUUCGAGACGCUGUCCUCCAGUGUAGGCAGCAGCGGCUCGUCGCUGAGCGAGAGCUGGGCGCGCCCGGCGCGUCCGCCCCCCGCGCCCCCUACGCCCGCCCGCAACCCGCUCUCGCAACUACUCGACAAGGUAGCCAAAUGGCAACUAAUACCGAGAGAGAAUACAGAGCACCUUCCCUGUAGAGUGUAUGGAGCCAUCCAUCUAGCGAGACUCUUUGUAAAACUGCCUGAUUUCUUGAACGCGACGCAGAUGCCCGACUUCAAAUUGAAACUUAUAUUGAAACACAUAGACAUGUUUGUACAGUACCUGGACGAGCACAACGAAUGGUUCGGAGAAAUGUUCUACAUCACAGACGGCGUGUCGCGUUCACACUGAGAGCGAAUGUUUGACACUUGUUGAUCCUUCAGAGAUUAUGUACAGAGCUUUAACGAGGGGCUCAAUAGUACGACUUAGUUUGUAUAUACGCAGUGGCGUGCACAAAAUCUUCAACUAGAGCAUGCACUAUACGUACAAAUCGUACAAAAUGUUCUACAAUACGUCUUUCAGACAGGUUUAACGACUCAUAAGGGUAGGCAGGGCAUGUUUGCAUAUAAGAAGUGCACGCCACUGUAUAUAUGCUGUUGAGCUUGAGUUACAAUGGGAUGGGAUGGCACACCUAUAAUAGGGAUGAUGACAUUUUCUUUUAAAUUGUAUAUAAAUUAGGAGUAUUAAGUAAAGCAAUUUUGUAAAAGUAACAGGGUAUCUGCAACCAUUACUUUAAACAGGAUUUUAAGGGUCAUAUUUGCAUCUCUGCCACGGAUCACUUAAAAAUGCUCCAUACUAAAUGUCACAAAAGAAUGACGUCAUCGAUCAAAGUGAGUAUUAAAUUUGUAUGCGCGUUCAAACACAGCUACAAAUACCUUUUUUUAUUUGUCCGUUUAUGUUUAUAUAGUUUUAAUAUAGUAAAAAAAUGUCACAUUGAAUGUAAGGAAGCUAAAAAUGUAUGAAUUUUGUUAAUAAACUGUUCUAUUUUAAAUCUGCUUCCCGUCAUAUUACGUCAUUUACUUGUAUCAUGACAAUAUCUAAAUCUAUAACUUGGUUUGUUAAGGUUUGUUUCCUGUCAUGAUACGUCAAUGUGCCCACGUAUCAUGACGUAGUAUCAUGACACUUAUUAAGACCAAUAUUAAAAAUUGCUAUCAAUUAAUUAAUUAAUAUUGACCUUAUUUACCCGAAUGUCUCCUAAAAUCAAUAAUUCAUUAAAACCUUGUCAUCAUCCCUAUUAUAUUGUCAAUAUGUUGACAAAUAGCGGACGCCCUGAAAAGAAAGAAAGAAAAACUUUAGUUAUAAGUAAUGCAACACAUCACAAUAUUAAAUUAUAAAAAUUUUAUUGAUUUUACCUGCGAUUUUACCCUCAUAGUACCGGUUCCCGUGAACACGGGGAUAUAAUAAACGACACUCGCGAAUAACGUGGCUUUCUAUGGGUAAAAUAAUUUUCAAAAUCGGUUCAAUAGACAAAUUACCCACUACAACAUCACAAACUUUAGCUGUAUAUAAUAUUAGUUGUCAGGUUGAUUUAAGUUAAAGCAUACGCCGAACUGUGCAAAUUUAAUACAAUAGGAAUAUUGUUAUAGUCUGCAUUCUUUAUGAGGUCUCCGAAAUAAGGUGAUGUACAAAAAAAGACGCGUGAGGAGACUUCGGGUCACCGCGCCCCUGCGAAACCUGUGAUACCUAAAAUCUUAUAUUGCGGAACUCUACUCAUUUGUUUAAUUCAAGCGUAUUUUAAUUCAUUUAUUUAGUUUCGUGACGAAAAAAGUAUAGUGGACAUGAAAAUAUUAUUCACGAUAUUGUGUCGCAUAAAAUUUCGAGGAAUCAUGUAGGCUUGCAUAUCUCGAUACGAAAUAAAGACAAAUGUCGACCAAUAGCGACGCAAUCCAAAGUAUCGCUCUCUCUUUCGUUGCGUAAGGACGUAAGAGAAGGAUAUUACUCCGCCGCUAUCGGUCGACAAUAUGAAUUUUUCAAAUCUACAGAUAUGUUAUGCCUACUAAAACGUAAAACCAUUGUUUCUUUUAAAAACGCAUGUAGUUGACAAUAAUAUUUAAAAUUUUAAUAAUUGUGAAAUUCAUUAUUCAAUAUUUUCUAUUUAUUAUUCAAUGUAUAUUUUUCGUCCUUUCUUCAUUCGUAUUAUGUGUCGUCCGAGCAAUGUUUAAAGGUAAUAACUCAUUAGAGCCACCUUGCAUUGGUUUACCUCGCCAUAGCUUGCAAGUGAGGCGAUUUGGUGCUAUUUAGUACGAGAUCCGUUAUUAGAAGUAUAUACUCAUACUCAUCUGUUACUCAUGUACUCAUCUGUUAUUUAAUUGUAAUUAGAAAUAAAUGAUAGAUAAUAUUCACCCUGACUCGUUGCACAUAGGUUGCCUAGUUAAAUUGUGACCAAACGAUGAAAAAAUAUUAGCUAAUUAAUUAAUUUCAAUUGAAGUCAGGGUGAAUAAUAUCUAUCAUUUAUAUCUAAAUAACAGAUGAGUGUCUAUAU